AUGGGACAUCACUCGUGCUGCAACAAGCAGAAGGUGAAGAGGGGGCUCUGGUCACCAGAGGAAGAUGAAAAACUCAUCAAUUACAUUUCAACCUACGGCCAUGGUUGCUGGAGCUCUGUCCCUAAACUUGCUGGCCUUCAGAGAUGUGGAAAGAGCUGUAGACUAAGGUGGAUAAAUUAUCUCAGACCUGACCUAAAACGAGGGAGCUUCUCCCCCGAAGAAGCAACACUCAUCAUUGAACUCCAUAGCAUUCUAGGAAACAGGUGGGCACAGAUAGCCAAGCACCUACCAGGAAGAACAGAUAAUGAGGUUAAGAACUUCUGGAAUUCAAGCAUAAAGAAGAAGGUCAUCUCUCAAGAGGUUGUUGUUCCUGCUAUAGCCACCACCUUUCCAGAGGAAGGUUUCUUCUCUCUAAAUGCAAACCCUAAUAAUUGGAUCCUGAGCUCUCAAUUACAAGACCAGCUAUACCAGCUUCCUACUCCAACCUCAGCGUUUCAAGGGGGCUUUGAUGAUCAUGGUAAUCCCAAUUUUGGUGCAAAUUUGCUUCAUUUUCCACCUUUAGUGGCUCCACCAUCAAAUUCUUCUUCUUCUAAUUGUGAGCCCAUCUGGUCAUUAGAACAUCAAAAUUUCAGCAUAGGAGGAACUAUGCAUUAUAAUGAGGAUCCUCAUGCAUUAACAGUGCCUCCUCCUGCUCCUAUGCCAAAACUUUGUGAGAUCAUUAGCAUGCCAUAUUCAUUUUCUUCACAAGAAAUAUUUGACCCACUGGCUAGACUCCCAUGUUUUCCAUCUGGUUCCAAUCAUGAUCAAACACAUGAACCACACGUGGCCAACAAUCAAAUGGAGUACAUUGACGCCAUCAUGUCAUCGUUGACAUCAUCGUCUUCUUCAUCAGCAUCAUCGUUGUCAAGCCGUCAAUUUGUCACAAACCCUAAUCUUCCUUCAAGCUGGGAGCCUUAG